AUGUCUUCCCAUUGCAUGCAGAGUUCAAAUGAUUCAGAAUUGAAAGCGAUUACACCCAUGUCACCUCCUCUUUCUCCCAAAAAAAAUACCCUUACAAGUGCGGCAUCAAAUGACGAAGAUGAAUCGAAUAAUAAAUCCCUUGAAGAGCAAGGGCAACAAUUACAAGAAUCACCGCAGCAGCAGCCUAAUUUGGAAACCACCUCAAAAAUCGCAUUUAUUCAAGAAGAUUCAAGGACCACAAUUCCUCGUAAAAGGUAUCGAAUGAGACUCUUUGAAGCCCCACCAGAACUCUUGGAAUUUAUCAAAACUUCCGAAGAGGAGAAAAACAAAGCCGUCAUUUCGCCGAAUAAUAAGCGAACUGCGGUCACCGACAUCGUGGGUGGUACAAAUGAUAGAAAUGGUUCCUCAUUUGCCACACCCUCGAGUCAUAACAAAGGUCGUAUGAUCAUGACGCCAAAUACAACAACGGGGCAACAAACAACUCGCAAGAUCAUUUCCGAUAAACGACAAAAUCGUUCUAGGAAGAAUCCUUAUCCAAAGAAGGCACCUUCAAAAUCCUCACCAGGGAUAACCCUUAAAGUAGACGUUUUUACGCCAUUCAAAGAGGAUCCGGCGUCGCUUUUGAAGAGUGAUGAUCCCCCAACGAAUUCCAAUUCGACGAGCUUGUUAUUCAGCGAAUUCUCAUCAUCAGAAUCAUCACCGCCGCAGAGUCCAAGCCCACAGAGAUCACUAUCCAAGAAACAAAGGAAACAGCAUAAAACAAAGACAAAGCGAUCGAAAAAUCAUAUCUCUGAAAGAAAACGCAAGGGAAACAGUCUCGCAAGAGUGAUGGCAGAUCGUGGCUUAAUAGAAACAACUUUUAAUCCUGUUUCGACAGUUGCAGGUGAAAUUAAACAAAUUCGUAUCCCACCUCCGCCCCCAAUGUUAUUUGAUGAAUUGGUGAAGAGCAUUGAUCAGUUAGGUCUCACAACAGAAUUAUUAAGCAAAAUAAAUCCAAGAAUUAACUGGAAAGGACAACCUUUAUCGAUUUCACAUCUUCCGCAUUACAAUUCUUUACAUCCAAAAGAGGCAAUUGUGGCUUCGACGCUUCGACUCACACCUGUUCAGUACCUGACGGCAAAGAAUACUUUGGUUUCAUCUGCCCGAAGGUACAUACAAAAAUCGCUCCCUUUCCGUAAAAGUGACGCACAGAAACUUCUCAGAAUUGAUGUGAAUAAAGCAAGUAAAUUAUGGGAAUUUUUUAUGCAAGUAAAAUGGAUCUAA